UGAUAAAUUAGGUUUCUUACAAUUUAGGACCAAAGAACCUCAACACACACACAGGUGGGUCGAAGAAGAAGACGAGAGAGAGGAAGAUCACACAAGCUCUGAUAAGUCAUGCGAAUCCUUGCUGCUCGCCUCGCUAACCAUUUUCGCAGAGGGAGAAAUGGGUAUCCUCGAUCUCGGGACUUCUCCUCGUUGACCAAGAAAGAGGACCUUACAUUGGAGGAAGAAGCUGAGAGGAAAAUAGGAUGGAUGCUGAAGCUUUUCUUUGCUGGGACGGCAACCUAUGUUGGAUACCAGUUCUUCCCUUAUAUGGGUGAUACUUUGAUUCAGCAAUCAGUCUCGCUUUUACAUGUGAAGGAUCCCUUGUUUAAGAGGAUAGGAGCUUCUAGGCUUUCCCGUUUCGCCAUUGAUGAUGAAAGGAGGAUGAAAGUUGUAGAGUUGGGUGGGGCUCAAGAGCUUCUUCAUAUGCUGGGCGCUGCUAAAGAUGACAAGACAAGGAAAGAAGCUCUUAAGGCUCUUGCUGCUCUCUCUAAAUCAGAUGAAGCUGCCAACUUCCUGGGAUCUAAAGGAGCACUCUCUAUCGUCAAAUCGACUCCAGAUUCCUCGGAAGAUUCAGACAUUUCAACAUACAAGUCUAACAUACUCAAGAAGCUAGAUGAUAAAGACCUCUCUGUCUCUUCCAGCUGAUGAUAGUCUUUUCAAAAAAAGUGUAGGACAAGGAUCAUAAGUGUAGGCUUAUCUCUAUAAUCCUAAGCUUAUCUUACCUCCUUUCCAAGUUAGAACUCUUGAGUUUUGUUCCAAAAGAAAGAAACGGUUUGAUUAUAUAGCUUCUAUUCUUAAUGCUGAAUAUUGUUUGAUUCCAAUGCUCUUUGUUCAAUUGAAUAAUGGUCUACGAAAACAAGGAAGCUAAGGAAUAAGUUUCAAAAGAUUUACAACA